AUGGCGGAUGAGGAUGUUUUGGCGGAUGUUCGAAUAGUUUUAAUCGGUGAUAAAGGAUGCGGAAAAACCUCGCUGAUAAUGAGUUUGCUUGAGGAUGAAUGGGUUGAUUUGGUGCCGCCAAGAUUGGAUAAGGUUUUGAUUCCUGCAGAUGUGACUCCGGAAAAUGUGACAACUAGUAUUGUUGAUUUGUCAAUCAAGGAUGAAGGUAUCUUACUGAUUUUUAAAAAAAAUUCUGAAAAAAAACAUGAAUUUUCCAGAUGAAAAUUGGUUGGUUUCGGAAAUCCGUCAGGCGAAUGUUAUUUGUGUUGUCUAUUCAGUUUGUGAUGAGGAAAGUGUGGAUAGAAUUGAGAAAACAUGGCUGCCAACUAUUAGAUUAGCAUUUGGAGAAUUCCACGAGGUUCCAGUAAUUUUAGUUGGCAAUAAAUCCGACGGUCCUGCUAAUCAUACUGAUAAAAUUCUACCGAUAAUGGAGGCGAAUACUGAAGUCGAAACUUGUGUUGAAUGCUCAGCGAGAACUAUGAAAAAUGUUUCGGAGAUAUUUUAUUAUGCGCAAAAGGCUGUGAUUUAUCCGACUCGUCCACUUUACGAUGCUGAUAAUAAACAAUUAACUGAUCGCGCCAGAAAAGCGUUGAUUCGAGUUUUCAAAGUUUGCGAUCGAGAUAAUGAUGGAUAUUUGAAUGAUACGGAAUUGAAUGAUUUUCAAAAAUUAUGCUUCGGAAUCCCAUUAACAUCAACAGCAUUGGAAGAUGUUAAGCGAGCAGUUGCUGAUGGUUGUCCAGAUGGAGUUGUUAGCGAUGCUUUGAUGCUUCCUGGAUUCCUUUAUCUACAUUUAUUAUUCAUUGAAAGAGGAAGACAUGAAACAACUUGGGCGGUUUUACGAAAAUUUGGAUAUGAGACGAAUUUGAAGUUAUCGGAAGAGUAUUUAUAUCCAAGAUUGGUUGUUCCAAUUGGAAGUUCGACUGAAUUAUCGCCUGAAGGUGUUCAAUUUGUAUCGGCUUUGUUUGAAAAAUACGAUGAGGAUAAAGAUGGAUGUUUGUCGCCGAGUGAAUUGCAGAAUCUAUUUUCAGUUUGUCCAGCGCCAGUGAUCACAAAGGAUGUGAGUUUUUCCUAAAAUUUAUCUGAAAAAAAUUGCAAAUCAUUUUUUUUCAGACAAUUUUGGCACUUGAAACAAAUCAACGAGGCUGGCUCACUUAUAAUGGAUAUAUGGCAUAUUGGAAGUAAGUCUCCCCCUAAAUCUACUCUAAUUAAUCGCAAAUAACUUUCAGUAUGACCACGUUGAUAAAUGUGACGCAAGCAAUGGAGCAAAUGGCGUAUUUAGGAUUUCCAGUUGGAAGAAGUGGCCCGGGAAGAGCUGGAAAUGCUGUGGAUUCUGUGCGAAUUACAAGAGAAAGAAGGAAAGAUUUGGAGGAUCGUGGAACCGAUCGAAAAGUUUUUCAAUGUUUGGUUGUUGGAGCCAAGGAUGCGGGAAAGGUUGGUUUUUUGAAAACUUUGACCCAUAAAAGGUGGAAUCCGAGCAAAAAUUAGUUGUGCUCAUUUGAAAGAGCAUGUUCUGAUUAGUACAAUCCUCGAAGGAUUUUUUCUGGAAGCUUUUCACAACAUUAAAUCCAAGCUACAGUACUUAUGGACUUUCAAGCCAUUUUAUUAUCGAAAAUCUCCACGCGCUCCACCGAAAUCAACACGCAACGCAGACCGCGCCGCGCCACAACACAAAAGGGAGGGAAUUUGAAUCGUUCCCUGUUUUGUGUGUGUUGCGGCGCGACGCAGUCUGCGUUGCGUGUUUAUUUCGGUGGAGCGCGUGUGGUACCGAUGAGAUUUUCAAUAAUAAAAUGGCUUGAAAGUCCAUAAGUACUGUAGCUUGGAUUUAAUGUUUGAGAAGCUUCUAGAAAAAAUCCUUCGAGGAUUGUACUAAUUAGAACAUGCUCUUUCAACUUAUUUUUUGCUUGGACCUAUUUUGCCACGUCAUAACUAACUCUAUUCCCUUGCAGACUGUAUUCAUGCAAUCCUUGGCUGGCCGCGGAAUGGCUGAUGUUGCGCAAAUCGGUCGCCGUCACUCACCAUACGUUAUAAAUCGUGUCAAAGUGAAAGAAGAGAGCAAAUAUUUAUUGCUCCGCGAAGUUGAUGUUUUGUCGCCGCAAGAUGCGUUAGGUGCUGGCGAGACUGCCGCCGAUGUUGUCGCAUUUCUGUACGAUGUUUCGAAUCCCGAUUCGUUUGCGUUUUGUGCAACCAUUUAUCAAAAGUAUUUUUAUCGGUUAGUGAUUUGGGAAUUUGUAGAAAAUUCUGGAAUUUUUUCCAGAACCAAAACACCGUGUGUCAUGAUUGCCACAAAAGUCGAAAGAGAAGAAGUUGAUCAACGAUGGGAAAUUCCACCAGAAGAAUUUUGUCGACAAUACGAACUUCAAAGACCCAUCAAAUUCUCAAACAAUCAUGUAAGCUCAUUUUUUCCUCCUUUUAAGUUUCAAAUUCACAUUUCUCUAUAGAUUGGUGACUCAAAAUGUGCAGUUUUCGAGCAAUUGGCAAUGAUGGCAGUUUAUCCGCAUCUUCGCCGUGUUUUCUAUCUCCACGAUUCGAAUCUUCUCUCAAAACUCACAUUUGGAGCAGCAAUUGUUGCGCUAGCUGGAUUUUUAGUGCUCAAAAACUUGUAG